AUGCUUUCUCGCUUCCUCAAUCAUCCGCCAUUCAAACCCUGGAACUGGAAAUUUCGAUUCUUUGAAAACCCAGAUGCCAUUUUGGUGGGAUUAUCUUUGUUUUCCUCUAGUUCAUCGCCAGAGUCACCUCUGGUUCGGUCCGAGCCUCCAACAGUUCAUGAUCAACAACAGAUAUUCACGUUGAACAAGACUAUAGCCAGCUGUGUGCGUUCAGGAGACAUAGAUGGAGCUCUCAGAGUAUUUCACGGGAUGAGAGCUAAGAACACCGUCACCUGGAAUUCACUGCUCGUCGGAAUUUCCAAAGAUCCAAACAGAACGAGAGAAGCACACCAACUGUUCGACGAAAUCCCUCAACCAGAUACUUUCUCCUACAACAUCAUCUUGUCUUGCUACGUUCGCAACGGCGACUUCGACAAGGCCCGGAGCUUCUUCGAUCGGACUCGGCGUCAUGGAACACGAUGA